AUGGGACCUCCCGAUACAAGGAGACGGGAUAAACGGUGUGAGUAUCAUAAAAACCACAGUCAUGACACCGACAGUUGUUAUGCACUGAAGGAUCACUUGGAGGAGCUAGUGCAAGAUAGCCGGUUGGUGCAACACGUCCGGAAGAAUAGUUCAUCGAACGCAGUAGCCUCACGGCCGGAUUCGCCUCCACUUGGUGUAAUUCAUAUGAUAUACAGCUUGCCGACAUCAUCCGAGGUGUAUACGAUUCAGGUGCAAUCUAGGCCGAUCACACGAGCAAAACAGCCCCAUGAAACUGGGAGGAUUAGUUUCGAUGACACCGACUUAGUUGGAGUAACUCUCCCCCACACUGAUCCCCUCGUAGUCAAGCUGCGCGUGAACAGAUUCACCAUUGAACAUGUUCUCAUUGAUCAAGGAAGUACUUCGGAAAUAAUGUAUUACAAAACAUUUGUCAAGCUUGGCUUCACUGACUCAGAUCUAUCGCCGGCUGAUUAUCCAUUAUUCGACUUCAACGCUACCGGUUCGAGCAGGUACCAAAUCAGUAGAUGUAGAAUUCUUGGUUGUUAA